ACACUAAAGCCCACAACCUGGCAGGGAUGAGUUAACAGGGAUCAGCCAUGGCGGUGACCCAUCUUUCUCUGGAGCUGCGUUUCCGAGGGAAGAAGCUGAGGGGCUUCACGUGCAAAGUGACCCGCUCGGCCCACGGCUUACUGCCGGAGAGCUCUUGGAUCAUCGCCGCCCAGAUCCUUCUGCCGUACCUGUUGUCCGGCCUGGGCAUGGUGGCGGCUGGGAUAGUCAUGGAUGUAGUGCAACACUGGGAUGUGUUCAAGGAGAUCUCGGAGGUGUUUAUCCUGGUGCCAGCCCUGGUAGGGCUCAAGGGGAAUCUGGAGAUGACAUUGGCAUCCAGACUGUCAACAGCAGCCAACACAGGGCAGAUGGAUGAGGCUCAGCAGCAGUGGAGGAUGGUGUUCUGUAAUCUGGCUCUGAUUCAGGUCCAGGCCACAGUCGUGGGCUUCCUGGCAGCUGUUGCAGCAGUGGGCCUCGGGGGUCUGACCAGGGGCAGAGUGGACGUUAUCCAGGCUGCUGUCCUCUGUGCCAGCAGCGUCACCACUGCUUUCAUCGCUGCACUGUCUCUAGGUCUGUUGAUGGUGGCAGUGAUUAUUGGAUCCAGGAAGGUGGGCAUCAACCCAGAUAACGUGGCAACACCCAUCGCUGCCAGCCUCGGUGACCUCAUCACUCUGUCUCUGCUUGCUUACGUCAGCAGCCUCUUCUUUUGUUACAGAGACAUGUGGUACCUGCCUCCUGUGGUGUGUGGCUUCUUCCUGCUCCUUAUCCCAGCAUGGGUUAUUAUUGCCCGACGCUCUCCACCUGUCAGCGAUGUCCUAAAAUCAGGCUGGCAACCGGUCAUUUUGGCCAUGUCCGUUAGCAGCAUUGGUGGUCUGAUUCUGGAUAAGACCAUAGCCAAUCCAAACUUCGAAGGUAUGGCAGUGUUCACUCCAGUCAUCAAUGGUGUAGGCGGAAAUCUGGUGGCCAUCCAGGCCAGCAGGAUGUCCACCUACCUCCACUACUGGGGCGUUCCUGGAGCUCUUCCAUUUAUAAUGGGUGUGAACUGUCCUGGACCCUGUGCAACCCUCUGCUCCUCAGAUGUUAACUCUAAGUCAGCCAGAGUCCUGAUCCUUCUUGUAGUCCCGGGUCACCUCCUCUUCCUGUACACCAUCCACCUCCUGCAGGCAGGCCAUACUGCCAUGACGCCCACCUUCAUCAUCUGCUACCUGUCUGCAGCUUUGCUUCAGGUGGUGAUUUUGCUUUACGUGGCCAGCCUGAUGGUGCGAUGGCUGUGGCGAAGGGGACUGGAUCCAGACAACUUCUCCAUCCCCUACCUCACAGCUCUGGGUGACCUGCUGGGGACUGGUUUCUUGGCAUUGAGCUUAAGGCUGAUCGUGAUGCUCAGUUCUACUGGGACUGGAGUUUGA